AUGGAAUCCGACGUAUUGUUAGAAAAACGUAACAUUUAUCAUAUACAACAGCUAGCGGCCAGUCGUUUGGCUUUAGUUGAAGAUGCAGGCGAUAAGGGAAAAGGCAAAGGCAAAGGGAAAGGUAAAGAUAAAGGAAAGGGAAAAGGAAAAGAUAAGAAAGCAAAGGGGGGAAAGAAAGGCGGUAAAGUAGUGGAAGAUCCAUGUUUGAAGUGGGCAAAGCUUGAAACGAACAAUUCCGUGAUUCUCCAACAAAUAAUGGAGGCAUGUAAUGAAUUUCAAUGUAUGGAUCAAGAAUACAUACACUUAACCGAUUCAUUGGUACUACAUUUUCACGAUAACUUCGAUAGUAUUGGCUCUUGCACGCAAGUAUUUGAUCAGUCUAUUCGAACCCCUAUCUGCAUAAGGGAAUUUUGUAGGUUUAUAACGCAUGAAGACACGAAAUGGGUAACUGAUAAAGAGACUGCUUUUCAAAACGAGUUGACAAAACAACGGCUUUUGAGGGAACAGAAACCACCGAUAUACGAACCUCCCAGCGAUCUAACCACCUUGGAGUAUAUUCAGCCAGGAUCUCUCAAGGAAGCGCUUUUAAUAUCACAAACAGAAACGAAAACCGAUAAGAAAAGUGGUAAAGGUAGUAGCAAAGGUGGUAAAGGAGAUAAGGGCAGUAGUAAAGGAGGUAAAGGUGGUAAAGGAGGGAAAGGCGGCAAAGGCGGAAAAGGUGGUAAGGAUAACCUUCUUCCAUAUUUUAAGCAAUUGGAGGCGAUGCGACCACCCCCUCCACCUGUUUCAAGGUUAUCAGUACGAACGGCGUAUCCAGAUGAACCAUCAGAUUUUAUAGGUUACGAUUUAGCAAAAACUAGAGUUCAGUUAACUGGAUCUGUAACUACGUUGAAGAGUGAAGAUGGACUUAAAGUAAUCAUCGAUCAAACCAGAUGGCUAGGGGGGAACAAGAACACUUCGAUAAAAAUAAACGCUUUAGGCCAUUUACUGGUUUUACACAUAGGAGAAAAUUAUACAACCCAUCCGAUACUUUUUCACAUGUACUUAUCAGAUCAUACUGUCGUAGCAUUCCAGAAACCUGAGGAGAAAGUAAACGUGCAAACAGCGUUGUGCGAAAGAAUUUAUCGAAGCAUUGCCGAAGAAAAGAAAAAUGGAAUUAAAAAGCCACGUCAAAAUAUUUACUGCAUUUCAGAAAAAUUUAACCUUAUUACCAAAGCAAUCAAUAUACCCAUAAUAAUGGAAAGGAAUAUGUUAAUGACAGAAUCGUCUGUAAAGCCUUUUAUCGAUCAACUUCGCUCCAUGAAAAUCAAGCAUAAAAUAAUUCCAGAUGAAUUAUCAACAAACAAAAUCGACGAAGAAGAAUAUAAGGCAGAAGAAACUACUACAAAUAUUGAGGAAGAACUCGUAAACUUCCAAGUGCAGGAAGAAGAACAAGAGGAAGACAUAGAAAUUUCGGAUGUUUGUAGAAAAUUUGAAAGGUUAAACACUCCUCACUUAAAAGUUGUCGAACCCGUCAUCAGUUCUGUACCAUUAGAAGCUCCCGAAGAAGAGGAAGAAGAAGAGAAAAAAGCAACUGAAUUACUAAAAAGGCCUGUAAAUGAUGAACAGAUGAUUUUUCCCAAGCGGUUAAGGAAUAAUCAGUUUUUAGAGAAGAUAAAAAUAGCCAGUGAAAAAAACUAUCCCAUGUUCAGAAUAUGUUCAAGCCCAUUGCAUAAAUAUGAAUAUGUUAAAAGGGUGAAGUCUUAUAUUCAAAUUCCAACAAUUAGUGCUGCUCGACGAGUUCUUCUGAGUUCUCCAUGUCCUAGGCCUAGAGCUACAAUUGAAGUUUCAAAAUGUUAUCCUAUUGUUAUGUCAGAAAAUGGUAAUGGUAAAAGCAUUAAAAGUCAAUAUGAAAUGAAACUGUCUCUCUUGUCGGGGCUUAUGGUAAGCACUAUUCCUGGUUUCGACCAAGCCCCGUUUCAAAUAAAGCAGAAUUAUAUUGACAAAGGUUCAUUAUGUAGAAGCGUUAUUAAUGAAGAAUACAGAAUAUUUCACGAAGGUAACGUAAUUAUAAAGAAAUGUGAUGGGAAUUUCAUCGUAUUGCAUGUUAGUGGUACAAUGACAGAUUUUGAGGUACCUUAUUUUAAGAAACGGGAAAAUAUCCGGUUUUUCCCCAGAAGAAAUAAGCAACCUUCAUGUAAAAAUUAUCGAAUCCCUUUACACUCUUGCACGCGGAGCUUAUCAAAAAUGCAAAAAUUAAUAUACAAAUCAAUUUUGCGAAGACAGAAACAUCUCAUUGAUAGCUUUGAGAGUCGACUUUACAGAAGCAGAAGGGUUUUGGCUAGAAGUGAAAAGCACAAAAUAGAACAGAAUAAAUUUUAUUUCGUCCAUGACGAAGCGGAAUCUUUUACGGAUUUUAAAAUUUUGACUCCAGAUGGUAAACAAAUCAAGGCAAAAUCGAAUAAGAUUUUUAAGUGCAGAAAGUUCCACUCAUUUCGCGAAACUGAUUACAAUACUGAAGAAACGAUACUGGAACGAGAAGAUGGCAUGAUUGCCUUUUUAAAUAGAGAUACAGUCCUUACAACACAAUUUCCAGAUGGCACACGGAUAAAAACCACCGUAAUUGUUGAAGAUCAAUUAGUCAGUGCUUCUGAUGACGAAGAAUGUUUACCACCCCCCGUAGUUGAAUGUCACCCAAGGAAUUCUGGCAACAUAAAGGAAAACGUAACUGUAAAAAAGAACACCGGAUGGGUCCUUCUUAGUCUAAAGUAUGAGUAUGAACAUCCUUGCUAUGCCAAAGUAACUUACACUAAUUCUGAUAGCAGCACAACGAUCGAACUUCCAAAUAGCGUGCAAAUUCACUGUGAUAAGUUUGGAAAAUUUUCGGUCAAUAUAAACAGUAAGGUAAAGACCGAAUUUUCCAACAAAAGUUUCCAAAUUCGUUCCAAGCCAUGUGAGCAGUGUUCUUGUGAAUGUGUUUGUACCAUGAAUGUCAAGCCAUUGUACUAUUCAACAAAUUUUAAUAACGGCCAAGAAAUUAUUCGUUUACUUGACAGUCAUGGGAAAAAGUUUAUAGUGAAAUUUGACGCAGAUUACAUGAAAAUAUUUGGAAAAGUUGAAACUGCAAAGAAUGUGUUGCACUGCGAUCACGAUUUUACCGAGAAGGAAAAAAUGUUUGUUCUGAAACAAAAUUUGACAGGUUGCAAGUUUUGGGAUUCCAAGUUGUUAAUGAGAUACAAGGUGAACAGUAACUCAGACAGGAAAAUGAUGAUAUACAAUGAUCAUAAGAAUAACGGCAUUCGAUGUUUAAGGUUUUUCACACAAAUGAAGGAAAACUACAUGGAUAGGUUUCUAAGACCAUAUGCGACACCCCGAAUGUGGCUAACGAAGGACCGUCCUCCUCAAUCGAAUUAUGAAACAUUUGCAUACACAACUUACCGGACUGUUAACGUUUUACCCCCAUUACAAAUAAUCGAACCGCUAUAUUCGACAAUCGAAAGUGUAAUUGACCAAUUUUAUGAGCAAGAUCCGUGCCUUAAAUUUGUUCUCUUAAGACUUAGAAUGAUGAGCUUUCAAGACAACGUAGCAGACUUGGAAGACGUGAAACGUAUUGUAGAAGAUGGAAUGAAGAAAAAGGGAGAAGAAAAAGUUAAAAUUUCAAAAGAAGCAACUUUAUUUAAUCGAUUUAAAACAAUAAAGAAAUUUACAUCAAAACAAAAGAUUGAAGAAUUGAACUUCAACACUCCACUUGAUCCAGAUAUUGAGAAGUAUGAUGACGACUAUCGAAAAUAUUUUAUUAACGCGACUUCCCUCUAUGAAAAAUGGUUCGUGUGGCAUUUUCGCUACAUGACUUAUUGGGCAAAAAUAAGAAAUAUGACUGCUCCUGGAUAUUUCCAUUACAAGAAUUGCCCAUAUCCACCUCCGCCAAAACCGUGUAAACCGAGACAAACAAAGCUACUGGCUAAAUACUUCAGAGAAGAAGAAGUCAGGACUGUCUAUGAGAUUAAUACAAAGGCAAAUGUUAAACAAAAUUUUGACGUCGAUCUUAAGUCACCUUUCAAGAGUUUACCUAAAGUUGCGAAAAAGUCUAAGUCGGAAAUUUUGAAAACCCCUCAACUAAACGUAAGCACGAAUAAAUAUAAAUCUGAGUCGUCUCUUUUGAAGACGAAGCCGUGCGUUAAGCAGAAGUCCGGUAGUCCUAGAAACAAGUGUAAUUACAGAACAAGGAAUAAUCAGCAAGUUGUUAUUUGUAACAUGCUUACUACCGACCCUCCGAAGUUUCCGUUGUCUGCCUGUAAUGAUUCGAAGACGGUCCCUGAGAAUAAACAGGAGGAAAAAUCGUCUAUCGAAAAUCUACGACCGUGUUUUGUACAGGAUGUUUGCGAUGUGAGUCAUUUAAUUAAAAUUAACAAAACAUGUGACAAACAAACGUCAAUUUCAUCGAAUGAGGAAAAACUUGACGAUAACGUAGUGGCACGUGAAAUGGUGGCAGCGUUGAAGAAAGCAAUCGAAGAUGAAAGAAGGGAGCUACUAAACACUGAUCCAAAGAAUCCAGACAAAUACUUUUUUCUAAGGUCAUCCAAAAUACCAAAAAUCAUAACCACAUUCCUGUCAGAGCGAGUGAAUAUGAAAGAAGACGUUCAUUUAUCCUAUUCAAAGGCAUCCUUUUUGCAAGAAAUAUUGAUGGAAAUUGGUAAACUGAAUAUGAAUGAAGCUGAACUUGAUAUGUUUCUCAGUACGAUCGAUGAAGAAUUUAAAUCAUUAUUAGAUUUUAAACAAUCUUCAGUUGACGAUUGGACUAAAGACUUGCAAAAAAGUACAAGGGAUCGUUACGAGUCCAUAAAACAAGUAACGUAUGAAUCUGCGUCCACAACAGAAGGAGCCGUUCCAGAUUAUAAAGAUUACUAUUACAUGAAUAUAUUGCGGACAAGCAUCACGUCUACAGAUGAUGUAUCGGCAGAAAGAGAAAGCAGGAUUCUACUGAACAAAAUUUACUCGGGUGUUCAAGUGGGAAUAUCUCCAAGUCUGAAGCUUUUUCACGAUAAAUCACUGUUAGGAAGAUUGGUAAUUGAUACAGACUCGUCACAGUUCGAAGACUUGAAACCACUCAGUUCUAUUUUCAAAGAUAAACCUCAGCGAGAUUAUAGGACAAACAAAAUACCCCUAACUAAAGUGUUAGGUAAAUCACCUAGUAUUCUUCAAAUGAUACUAGCGGGUGAAGAAGUGACAGGUGAAGAAGAGGAAGAAAAAAUUGAUAACUAUCCCAUUUUGGAUGAAAUUGACGCACAUAUGUCUAAGACCUUCGUUGAAUAUAAGCCGACGAGUAAUCAACUUAUCUCAUCCAGCACUGUACUGAAAGGUUCAUCAAGCGAUAGUCGACAUAAAAGUCAGAACAGAGUUCGUACAAGUAGCUUGAAGGUUCAUCUUCCAACUGACGAAGGAUAUUUCAAUAGAAGAUCUGAAAGUGUUAUAGACUUUGAAAGUCUUGACGAUUUACUUCACGUUGUACCUCCCGCUACUGAUAAACAGCGUGAUAAUUUAGUAAAGAAAGUCGGAGGUAUGUAUGGAAAAAUUACUGAUAAAGAAGUUGACUUUGACAUGGGGAUUAAGACAAAAUUGAGCGAAAAUCGAAUUUUAAGUCCCAAUGUCAAGAAAGACGGAUUUCAACAUUCAAUAUUACGCGAAAGUCUAGGAACACAAACACAACUUGGAAAACAAGAUGCCGAAGUCCAAAAUCCUUAA